UUCAGACCACGCAAUGGCAUGCAAACCAAGAAAACAAUAGGAAACGCCCGGGAAUGCUUCGGAGCGCGACCCGAUUCCUGUGCUCUCGCGCGGCCUCCCAUGCGCGCGCGCAUCCAUGCAUCCCCAUCGUCGGAAAAGCCUCCCGACCACACCGUCGAAGAGCCACUCCCUGAGUGAUCCGUCGACGCAUAUAUCUGCGCGAGCGGUGGAGUGAUGCUGCUGCACAAGUCUCUGCUAGCACGAGCAGGCAAAGAAGAGAUCGCUCGAACGAGGUGAAGAUCAUGGCGGCGUCCACGGGCACGUCCCUGCUCCUCCUGUUCCUCUGCGUCUCCGCCCUCCACCACGCCGCCGGUUGCGCGCGCGUGUCGCCCGGCGCGAGCCCGAUCGUGGCGACCUGCAUGACGGGUCCCUUCCCGGAGCUGUGCGUGGGCGAGCUGGGGCAGCGACUCCUCGACAUCCAGAACGCGAUCGCGUCGGCGGCGCCGGGGCAGGGCGCCAGCAUCGCGGGCGCCCCGGGGCAGGUGGACGUGAAGGCUCUGGUGGCGGUGGCCCUGCAGGCGGCGUCAGAGGCCGGCGCGGUGGCGGCGUCCAUCUUCGAGGGCAAGCUCCCGGGGUUCAACACCGGCGUGCCCGACUUCCGCAAGUGCCUCGGCAACUGCAGCGUCACCAUGAGCAGCGCCAUGCAGAAGCUCCACGGCGCCUCGGCGGCGCUGCGGUCCGGGAACCACGAGGUGGCCAAGACGCUGGCGUCGCGCUCCUUCACCGACGUGUCGUCCUGCACCGUCAGCUGCAAGGACCUCAACGGCGACGUGCGCCUCAUCAUCGUGCAGAGCCUCACCGAGUUCCAGAAGAUGCUCCAGAUCGCCAUCUCCUUCAUGAACAAGAUGAAGCCCAACGACCCGCUCCCACUGCCGGUGCGGAGGGUGCCAUGAUCCAUCACUAACACGCGCCUCCGCGUCGCCGCUGCCACUAGCACUAGCCAUGUUUCGUUUGCCCCUUUUUGUCGUUAUAGUUCGUGUUGGCCUGGAAAAAAGUAAUAGGAUCAAGCAAGUGAGAUGUGUUCCAUAACAGGCCCGGCCAAUGGUUGGCUGUGAGCCUAAGAAUAAGAUGGGACCGGGGGUCGCCCUGAUGACAUGCUUUCUUUCAA